AAAAAUUAGGAGACGGCACAGUCUGUCCAGACGGCUGCCUGAAAGGAAGACGGCUGAGAGCACAGAGGACUGUGAACAGAGCCUUCUAAAACAUCAAGGUUCCAGAAGAUUCCAAAAUGACAAAAAAGCCAAAGGAAAAAGCGCAAGCUGUUGAAGGGCAGGCGGUCAACAGUUCUGAGGGAGUUCACCAGGAAGAUAAAGUCAUCAGGAGGAAGUCAAAAGUGCCUGGUGUCAUGAUAACACAGUUUAUGGAGGAACUUCCAGAUGGAAUGUCCACGCCAGAUUUCACACGGAAACCCAUCGCUCUGACUAUUCAAGAGGGUAAAUUUGCAGUUUUUAAAGCCAGAGUAGUGGGCACUCCAACACCAACCAUAACAUGGAGCAGAGCAAAUGGAGAAAUCCUUUUUCACCCAGCCGUCUGCGAGCAGAGAUAUGAUGAGGCAUCUCAGGAACAUACCCUUGAGUUUCCUAAGGUAUCUCCACAGGAUGCAGACACCUACAAGUGCUUUGCAACAAAUGAGUAUGGUCAGGCAGUGUGUCCAGUGAUACUCAAUGUUAUUGCAGUUGGGUUCCAUCACAGUAAGGAACUUCAAAAAGCACAAGAAGAAGAUGUAGCAGAGAUGAGACAACGACUAAAACUACGCAAACCUGACGGAACACGUGAGGAAAAGGUGAUGGAGCCAGACGAGAAAGUCUGGGAAAUUCUCCUCAGUGCUGACAAGAAAGACUAUGAACGCAUCUGCCUUGAAUAUGGCAUCACAGAUUUCCGUGGCAUGCUGAGGAAACUCAAUCUAAUGAAAAAAGAGAGAGAGCAAGAGAUUGCAGAGUUUGUUUCACAUAUUAGUACACUAAAACAUAUUGAAGUCAGUGAUGAAGACUGUGCAACAAUUGAGUUGGAUAUGGAUCUCAAGGAUCCCACCAGCAAAAUAUUCCUGUACAAGAAUGGUGUCAUGGUUCCAUUCAGCAUAGAAGAGGGUGAGGGGAUAAAACACAGUUUAAAGCAAGUUGGAAAGAAAUAUGUAAUCUCAAUAAAGAAACUUGGUCCAGAAGAUGCUGGACUUUACUCAGUGGAUGUUGGGGGUGUCAAUGUGUUCUCCACUGAAUUUAAAGUACCUGAAGUUGACUUUGCCAUGAAAAUACAAGAAGUGAAAGCAGAAGUGCGUGAAGAUGCCAUCUUUCAAUGUGUCCUGACUUCACCUAUGGAUGAGAUCAAAUGGUUUGGCAAAAGUGCCAGACUGGCAAAUAAUGAGAAAUAUGAAAUCACUGUGUCUGAAGAUAAGCUUAUCCACAAGUUAAUUGUGCGAGACUGUUUGGCUUUGGAUGCUGGUAUCUACGCGGCUGUGGCAGGAAUCAAAUCAUGCAGUGCCUGGCUUAUAGUUGAAGCUGACAAAGACCCUUCCAGCAGGGGCAAGAAAGCAGCUCGCAAAACUACAAUAGCGGGAGUUGUUGAUGAUGAAACGCUGCGUAGAAUAGCAAAAGAGCAGCAGGAACGAUAUCAAAAGGAAAUGGCAGCAAAAAUAGAAUUUGCCAAAAAGGCUCAAGCAGAGCAAGAAGCUGCAGAAGCAGCCACUCUUGCUGAGAGACAAGCAAAUGCAAAGGCAGCCGCUCAAGCCAAAGCUGCAGAAAAAGCAAAAGCUAAAGCUGCUGUAAGGUCAAAGAUGACGGCAGCUGGCACUGCAAUGAAAAGUAGUGAAGAUGAUGACUCUGCUCUUGGUGCUCGUGAUGAAGCUGAUAGUGGUAAAGGUGUAAGUGGUGGUAAAGGCGAUGCAGUUGGCGCAGGCGCAGCUGGCACAAGUGGAGCAGGUGGCACUUGUGCAGCAGGUGUAGGUGCAGGUGCUAUACGUGGAUUUGGUGCACCUGGAGGUAGUGUACCUGGUGCAGCCAGUGCAUAUGCACCUGGUGCACCUGGAACUGGUGGUGCUGGUGCCAGUGCAGGUGCAGCCACAGCUGGUGCAACUGAUGCAGGCGCAGCUGGUGCAGCUGGUCCAGGUGUAGCUGGUGCAGGCAUAGGUGGUGCAGCUAGUGGAGGUGGUGCAGCUGGUGCAGGUGGUGCAGCUGGUGCAGACGCAGGUGGUGCAGCUGGUGCAGGUGGUGCAGGCACAGCUGGUGCAGGCAGAGGUGGUGCAGAUGCAGGUGGUGCAGCUGGUGCAGGCACAGCUGGUGCAGGCGCAGCUGGUGCAGCCGGUGCAGGUGCAGAUGGUGCAGGUGGUGGAGGUGGUGCUGGCGCAGGUGGUGCAGCUGGUGCAGAUGCAGCUGGCAAAGCUGGUGCAAGCAAAACUGGAUCAGGAACAGGAACAGCGGGUGAAUCAUGGGAGGGUUCAGGUGACGAUUAUGGAGGCAAAAAAGGAGCUAGAAGUGGAACUGGAGGCAGGGUUAAAGGUGCAGGUGCAAAUGAGGAUGAUGCCAUUGGAGAGUAUCUUAAGGAGAACUUUGAGGGAAAAGGCAAAGGAGAACAAAAAGAUGGAGAAAAAACUGCAGAAGGACAAGGAGUGCAGCGAAAGAAAUGUUUGAGAGAUUCUUUGCUUGGUCCAGACACUGAUAAAGAUGCUGAAACUCCAAAUGAAAAAGGUGAUAAAUCUGCAAAAAAGGGAAAGCGCCCCAAAAAGAAAAAUAUUGAAGUUGAAGAAACUGUUAUGGACCCAGACAUUCACUUUCAUGCUGGACUUUCUGACUGCAAAGCCAUUGCUGGAGAAGCAGCAGAGCUGGAGUGCAAACUAAGCAGUGAAAAAAGUGCAGGAAUCUGGUACAAGGAUGGACAAGAGAUUAAAUCUUCUGAGGGCAUAACCAUUUCCAAAGAAGGAUGUUUCCACAGGCUCAAGAUUCAGAAGGUCACAGAGGAAAAUGCUGGAAAAUAUCGAUUUGAAGCAGAAGGGAGAAAGACAGAAGCCGUGAUUGUUGUUGAAGAUCCACCCAGGUUUGAGGCAAAUGAUCUGGAAGCAUUUAAAACUCCUGUAACUGUGAAAAAAGGCCACAAAGCUACUUUCAGGUUAGAUUAUUUUGGACGGGAUCCCAUCAAAGUUCAGUGGUACCUUGAGGGUGAAGAGCUUUCAAAUGAAUCAAACAUCAAGUUGGAGCACACAGAAGGAUGCACACGCCUGCUUCUGACCAAACUGCAACGCAAGGAUGGUGGCGAAGUCAAGAUAAAACUCAAAAAUGAGUUUGGUACCAUUGAAGCCUUCAGCCAGCUCAUUGUACUAGACAAACCAACUCCUCCAAUGGGGCCUGUGGAGAUCAUCGAUGCAACUUCCUCUGCAAUUGAAUUCAAGUGGAGACCUCCAAAAGACAAUGGUGGAUGCAAGAUUGACAAUUACAUCCUCGAAAGACAACAGGUUGGCCGAAACACUUGGAAAAAAGUGGGUCCAAUUGGUACAGAGCCCCAGUACAAGGAUCAGGAUGUGGACCAUGGCAAGAGGUAUUGUUAUCGAAUCAGAGUGGAGACUGAAAUGGGAACCAGUGAUCUAAUGGAAACAGAGGACAUCCAAGCAGGCACUAAAGCAUUCCCAGGACCUCCAUCAGCACCAAAGGUUGUGACUGCCUUCAAGGACUGUAUCAACCUCACAUGGUCUCCACCAGCAGACACUGGAGGAAGUGGUAUCCUGGGCUACAACCUCGAGAAACGCAAGAAGGGCAGCAAUCUGUGGGGCCAAGUCAAUCCACUUGAAAAAUUUAUCAAAGGACAGGGAUUUGCUGUUAAAGACUUAAUUGAGGGUAUGGAGUAUGAAUUCCGUGUGUCUGCAAUCAAUAAUUCUGGACCGGGUGAAUUCAGUGCACCAUCUGAGUUUGUGUUUGCUCGAGACCCUAAAAAACCUCCUGGCAAAGUCCUCGACUUAAAAGUGACAGAUUCCACCUACACAACCCUGUCCCUAUCUUGGGCCGAACCCAAGUACAUUGAGGGGGUUCAGGAUGAAGCCAAAGGAUAUUAUGUGCAGAUCAGACCUGCAGAAAACACAGAAUGGGAUCACUGCAAUUUGAAUGCCAUAACCAUGACUUUCUACACAGUCAAAGGAAUGAAGUCAAUGUCCAUGUACUGGGUGAGAGUCAUUGCUGUUAAUGACGGAGGAGAAGGAGAACCACAGGAGCUGGAUAAUUAUAUUCUUUCUAUGCCUCCUCCUGUGAGACCAAGAUUUACAGAUGCUAAAAUCAAGAGUUUCAUGAUUGUGAGAGCUGGGAAUUCUGCUCGUUUCUACAUUAAUUUUGAGGCAUCCCCUUGGCCUGAGGUCAUCUGGCUCAAAGAUGGUGUGCCAGUAUCUAAAAAAGUGACAAUUAGCAACGCAGAGGGAACAUCACAACUUCUGAUUCCAUCAGCAGAACGCCCAGAUACUGGAAUCUACACUAUCAUUGUCAAGAACAUUGUUGGCCAAGAAACAUUCAGUGUUGAAAUUAGGGUAACAGAUGAGCCCAAGCCACCAGGUCCUGUGGAGCUUGAUGAGAAUGUCCCUGGUACAGUUACCAUUUCAUGGACGCCGUCCCCAGAUGAGAAGCGUGAUGACCGGCUGCACUACAUGGUGAUGAAGAGUGACUCAGUGAAAAGAGCGUGGCACACGAUUGCCGACCACAUCUUCAACAACAAAUUCACAGCUUGCAACAUCAUGCCGGGCCGAGAGUACAAGUUCCGUGUCUAUGCAAAGAAUGACAUGGGCUCCUCCAAACCCUCGGAAUCUCAAAAGUGGCUGAUUUCCCGGAAAAAAGAAAAGUUCAUUUUGAGAAUGCCGGAGACAAAGCAGUGCGACCUACAGUGUCCUCCAAAGUUCCUCGUUCCGCUGAAAAUGCACGCUGCACCACAAGGUUAUGAAUGCUACAUGACCUGCGCUGUCAAAGGCGAUCCAACACCUCAUGUGACGUGGCUCCGCAACAACAUCAGCCUGAAUACCAACACCAAUUACUUCAUCUCCAAUACCCAUGGAGUUUGUUCAAUGCUCAUACUGACGGUUGGCCCCAAAGACACCGGCGAGUACAAGGUUGUUGCAGAAAAUCCUCUGGGCAGGGCAGAAUGUGCCACGAAACUGACAGUCAGAGAAUAACUCAACAUGAUGAAGAUGAUUGAAAUGUCCUAAAAUCAACAACAGACAAUGAAUUAUUAGUGACAAAAAUACAGAGCCAGCCCUGCCAAAUGUAAAGCUUUUUAAUAUCACAUGUUAAUAUUUUCAUCAGCUGCUACUCAACAAAGAUUAAUUUUAUUCAAAUUCA